GAGGAGGGCUUGAACGCACCACAGCGACCGUGUGGGAGUAGUAGACAGAAGCUGGGAGACGGCAGUGAAGUACGGAUUCAGAUUGUAAUAAGUGAUAAAGUAAGGCGACUUUUCGCACAUCUCGAUGACACUGGAUCACAGCAACAUUUUCCCCGAGUGCAUCGGCCGGAAGCAACAUUUCUUCUGCUGUCCAUGACUUUCUUCCAUGCAGCAGCAGGAGCUUCUGUUCAAAGUCCUGGUCAUCGGGGACUUGGGAGUAGGAAAAACGUCCAUCAUCAAGCGGUAUGUCCAUCAGAUCUUCUCCCAGCACUACCGAGCAACCAUCGGGGUGGACUUCGCCCUGAAGGUGCUGCAGUGGGACAAUGACUCUGUGAUCCGGCUACAGCUGUGGGACAUAGCAGGACAGGAGCGAUAUGGGAACAUGACUCGUGUCUAUUACCGGGAGGCGGUGGGAGCGCUGAUGGUGUUUGACGUGACGAGGGCCUCCACGUUCAACGCCGUGCUGAAGUGGAAGGAGGACCUGGACUCUAAGGUGACCCUGAACCAUGGGAGGCCAGUACCAGUUGUACUCUUGGCCAAUAAGUCAGACCAGCUGGCUUCCCAGCAGCCCAAACUGGACUCUUUCUGCAGGGAGAAUGGCUUUGUUGCCUGGUUCGAGACCUCGGCAAAGGAAAACACAAACAUCGAGGAGGCAGUGCGCUGUUUGGUCAAGCAUAUCCUGAAUAAUGAGGAGAGUCCGAUGACUGAGCGGGACCCCAGCACCCUUAUUCUAUCUGGGUACACUAAUACCACAAAGGAUCAUCUCAACUGCUCCUCAUGUGUGAAAGGGUGACUCCUGCCUGGUCACAGACAACCAGGAAGUGAACAGCUGUGAGGCCACAGCCACAGAGAUAGGUUUGGCUCAGGUACCGUUUGUCAAAAUAAAUUGCCUUUGUGUUACUCCAGUCUUAGCCCUCUGUGAGUAGUGAAUAAAAAUGUAAAGCAGGUAGAGCUUUGUACCAGUGUUCAUUAGCUACUGUAUGUUUACACUGCAGACCAACAUGAUGUCUGAACCUUGUGGUAACACACAGGACAGUGUCUUCUGUCCACCCAGUCCUCACAUUUGAGUGCAACUUACAGAUUCAGGUAUCAUUUACCAGCUGAAAUGUCCGAAUAAUAAAUAAAUGUGCUGACUACUCAUAGUGCCAGGUCCUAUUUUCUCCCCACAACAUUCAAUCAGUUGUCACGGUCAAGUCAUUGUCGUUAUUGUGCUUUCAUUGAUGUCGUUUGUCACUGUUUUUGGAAACUCGGUUUAAUUGGUUCCACUGGGUUUACAUGAGCAGGAGAUGAGCAAAUGUAUACUGUUCAGUGACUUGACAACGGUUAGCAUAAAACUGGACAGUUGACUUACCUCCAGUGGAUCGUCACAGCGCUCAAAUCUGUGCUCCAUCUGCAAAGGAUCACGGGUUUAUUUAAAAUAAAUCCCUUCAUGUAAUCAUUAAUGUUUGUGUAAUUGCCUGCUUAAACUGAAGACAUUUUCUCUCACACUGGAUCAUGAACUGAUGGACUGGAAAAUGUGUUCUUGCAUGCUACCCAGAAAAAGAAUCCGCUACAGUCAGAAAUAAACAGAAAUGCUAUGGAGGUAAUCGAGGAGAAUCACUUUAGCAGAUAUGUCUAUUAAAUCAACUAUUUAUUGAGUAGUACCUCCAUUACUACUCUAUACUAUAUAUAGUUUAAUUUCUUUCUAGUUAAAUAUUCAUUUCCAUUUCAUCGUAUGCAGUAUAUGUGUGGUUUCAAUCUAUAAUUGUUGACAUUUCAUCCUCAAAUGGUGGUUGUUUCUGUUGAUAACUUUCAUUGUCCUGAACCAAAAGACUUCAUGUCCUCUCAGCUCAGGUCAACAUUUUUCCCAUCAAAUUUGGAAAUCAGGCUCGACAUUGACUUGACUCAUAAACCCAGCAAAAGGGCUGAAACAAGUGAUUGAUCAUUGUUAUAAUCUGUGAGAAUUUGUUGCUUUUUUCUGUUUUACAUUACUGUAAACUAAAGAUUUGACUCAGAAUGGUAACUAUCACUUUCUCUGAAAGGGUUAGAACAACCCAGAAAACCAUUUAAAAACAGUUUGUGCUGUAUUUCAUCUGUAAUUCCAAAACCCAUCUAAUCAUUUGAAUGAAAAAAACAACCUCAAACAUUU